AUGCGGAAUCACAAGUAUGAAGAAGGUCGAGAUUAUGGGCUCCAGACCCAGGUACUCGAAGCUGCCUAUGCUGGCGAUCGCGUCUACAAGAGCAAGGUAGCUCGUCAAGGUCGGGUAAACACAUGGGACGUGCUGCAGAAGUGUAUCAAGGAUCGUGAUGCAGGCACGUUCGAUAUGCAAAGCUCGGAAGAUAGAGCGGCUUACUCCGAGAGCUAUGCCAAGUGCAAGCAGCAUUUCCUCGCACAUCAGCGUUUGGUGUGCACGACCACCGGCAACGUUGCGUGUACUGAGCUUGCGCUGUCAUGGGCUGUUGACGACGACGAUCUCGGUGUGCGUUGCGCGGGUGUACUGCUGGUCGUCGAUGAGGCGUGUAAAGAUCAGGAGAUUGCGACACUGAGCUCGAUCUUUGUCAAAAAGCAUAAGUUGGUGGGCGUGGUCAUGGUCGGUGACAAGAAGCAACUAGAACCAACGGUGAGCAGCCAAGGCAAGGGUUCGAUCUUCAAUCACUUUUCAGAGAGGGCCAGCAUACCGUUGCUCUCGCGUCUCAAGCGUGGUGGCUUCCCCUGUGUCGAGCUUGUGGAGCAGCAUCGAAUGAAUGUCCAUGUGGCCAAAUGGCCGAGCAAAGUAUUCCACGCCGACAAAUCACGGCACCACAAAGACUGCUACCAUCCCCUGGCCGAGGCGAAGCCAGGUCUUGACAACUGCCUCCGCACCAUGUUUCUUGCCUUUCUUCUGGUGGGGACUCGAGAAGCCCUCACUGACGAGCAGCUGCGCACCGCGUACUUCGAGGUUCCUGGCACACGCCGACCGAGCAGCAACGGCACUUCAUGGGUCGUGCGCGAGCACAUCCGCCCCUUUUUCGAGCGGAUCUCUUGGCAUCUGAACGCAUAUUAUCGAGGCAAGACUGCGGAGAAUGUGAUGGUUAUAGCAGCAUAUGGCGAAGCUUGUGCGCGCUGGUCCGAAGCUUCGAACGACAUUCGCCGCAAGAACAACCUCAUCUUGGACGAUAUGCCGACCAUCUGCACGAUCGACUCCACUCAAGGUCGAGAGGCUACAAACGUCAUCAUUGACUGCUCUGUACAGACCGAUGAGAAGAACUAUACUUCAAUAGGUUUCGUCGACGAUCCGAAGCGGAUGAACGUGGCCAUGACUCGUGCGAAGGAAGUCCGUAUCUUCAUAGGCGGACGGUGCGCUGAGAAGAGGGUGUUGAGUGGCAUCGCAUACGUCGACUACUACUGGCAUUGUGUGCGGAACAAUUUGAUGUGGAUUGUCAAUUCGAGUCUGAUCACCUCCGAAGGCUCGACUUGGCUCAAAGACAUCGUCAAGAGGGACAUCACCUUGCCCCGCACGCUCAGCGACGACGUGGCUCGACGUUGA